AUGCUGUUGCAUGGAGACUUGGAUAUACAAAUAAUUGAAGCAAAAUGUCUCCCCAAUAUGGAUCUCAUGACAGAAAGGAUGCGAAAAUGCUUUACUGGAGCAACGGUGGCACAAACUCGAGUCAUUCCCAACUCGGAGAACCCUAAAUGGGAUGAACAUUUCUAUGUUCAAGUUGCUCAUUCAGUUAGCAGAAUUGAGUUUCUUGUAAAGGACAACGAUGUUUUUGGGGCAGAGCUUAUCGGUGUGGCUUCAAUACCAGUUGAGCACAUCACACCAGGUGAUAUGGUCGGUGGCUGGUUUCCAAUUUCUGGUCAGUACAGUAAUCCUAUGAAGCCAUCUCCUGAGCUGCAUUUAAAUAUCCAGUAUAAGCCAAUCGACAUGAACCCACUAUACAAGGAUGGAGUUGGUGCUGAUGGCCCUCAGAGUGUUGGUGUCCCAAAUGCAUAUUUCCCUCUUAGGAAGGGUGGUAGGGUCACACUAUAUCAAGAUGCUCAUGUUCCUGACAAUUUUCAACCUCAGAUUGAGAUGGAUGGUGGGAGGACAUAUGAACAAAACAAAUGCUGGGAAGAUAUUUGUCAUGCAAUCAUUGAGGCUCAUCACCUUAUCUACAUAGUCGGCUGGUCCUUGUAUCACCCUGUGAAGCUUGUAAGGGAGUCAACAAAACCUGUUCCCAAUGGAAACCCUGUCACCAUUGGGGAAAUUUUGAAGCGCAAAGUUCAAGAAGGAGUCCGUGUUAUAGUGUUGCUUUGGGAUGACAAAACAUCACAUGACAAAUUUCUCUUAAAAACAGAUGGUCUCAUGCAUACACAUGAUGAAGAAGCUCGAAAAUAUUUCAGGCAUUCAGGUGUCCAUUGUGUGCUGUCUCCUCGCUAUGCUAGCAACAAACUUAGCAUUUUCAAGCAGCAGGUUGUAGGAACUUUAUUUACACACCAUCAGAAAUGUGUCAUUGUAGACACCCAAGCCACAGGAAACAAUCGAAAAAUAACUGCUUUUAUUGGUGGUCUAGACUUGUGUGAUGGCAGAUAUGAUACACCUGAACACAGGCUUUUCAAGGAUUUAGAUACUAUUUUCAAGGAUGAUUUCCACAACCCCACAUUCCCUGUUAAUAAGCAUGGACCCAGACAGCCAUGGCAUGAUUUACAUUGUAAAAUCGAGGGUCCUGCUGCAUAUGAUAUACUUACAAACUUUGAACAGAGAUGGAGAAAAUCUGCAAAAUGGAAAGUCAGUGUCAGAAGAGCUGUGAGUUGGCAUCAUGAUACAUUGGUAAAAAUUGAUAGGAUGUCAUGGAUUGUUUCCCCCUCUGCAGAUGAAUUAAAUGCACAUGUUGUUGAAGAAAAGGAUCCUGAAAAUUGGCAUGUACAGGUUUUCCGAUCAAUUGAUUCAGGAUCUGUAAAAGGAUUCCCAAAACUUGUUCAAGAGGCUGAAUCCCAGAAUCUUGUCUGUGCAAAGAAUCUGCAGAUAGACAAAAGCAUACACAAUGCAUAUGUUAAAGCGAUCAGAUCUGCGCAGCACUUUGUCUAUAUUGAAAAUCAGUACUUUAUUGGGUCUUCAUACUACUGGUCUGCACACCGAAGUGCAGGUGCUGAGAACCUAAUACCAAUUGAAUUGGCCAUAAAGAUUGCAAGAAAGAUUAAGGCAAAGGAAAGGUUUGCAGCAUACAUUGUUAUACCGAUGUGGCCUGAAGGCAAUCCGACAACUGCUGCUAUGCAGGAGAUACUCUAUUGGCAGGGGCAUACCAUGUCCAUGAUGUACAAGAUCGUCGCAGAUGCUCUACGAAAGGAGGGUCUACAUGAAAGCCAUCCACAGGAGUACCUGAACUUCUAUUGCCUUGGCAAGCGUGAAGUCUUGAAUGAAGUUUCGUCGACAAACAAUUCCAAUGAGAACUCUGCACUGCGUUUGGCCCAGAAGUUCAGGAGGUUCAUGAUCUAUGUGCACUCAAAAGGGAUGAUUAUCGACGACGAGUACGUGCUCAUCGGAUCAGCUAACAUAAACCAGAGAUCCAUGGAUGGCUCACGGGACACAGAGAUCGCCAUGGGUGCGUACCAGCCUCACUACAGCUGGGCUGGAAGCGGCAGCCCUCCAAGAGGACAGGUGUAUGGGUACAGGAUGUCUCUUUGGGCGGAGCACCUGGGCACAGUGGAGGAGUGCUUCCGCCGGCCAGAGUCCGAGGAGUGCGUGCAGCGGGUGAACCAGAUGGCAGAUGACAACUGGGCAUGCUAUGUCUCGCCACAGAUGGUGGAUAUGAAGGGCCACCUCAUGAAGUACCCCGUGAGGGUUGAACAAGAUGGGACGGUGGGACUGCUGCCUGGGCAGGAGAGCUUCCCAGAUGUCGGUGGCAAGGUGCUGGGCACGCACUCGUCGCUCCCCAAUGCGUUGACGACGUGA